AUGCUCUGCUGGGCCGAGAUGUCCAAGGAGGUGGACAACGCGGCGGCCGCCGCACAGCUGCUGGAGGAGGAGGUCCGCGGCGGCAUGGCGCGCCGCUCGGGCCGCCGCCUGCGGCCCACUUCUCCUGAGAACAUGCUGAGGUUGGACGACGGCAACUCGUCGCAGCUCCAUGCCUUGGACGACUUGCGGGUCGAGAAGCGCCUACCGACUCGCGGUGCCAAGAAGGACUGGAACCGGAACUCCUCGCGGGUGGCGGAGGUGUUCUCGGCCCAGGAGCAGCCCGAUCGCGCUGCCGGUGCAAAGUCCGAGCUGUGGGCGCCUUGGCUUCUGCACUACGAGAAGGAGCUGCACGAGCAGCGGGAGCGCCUUCAGAAGUGCAGAGAAGGCGAGCGCCCGGCGGUGCCACCACUGCCGUUCCUGGGACGGCUUCAUCUGACCGGAGGUAGCGUGAACGAUGUGACCAUGCGCCGUGGCAGGUCGCAGGAGCCUUCCUGCGGCGCGGGGAAGCCCACGAGCAAGCCAGAGGGCCCAGGGCCUCCCUUCUGGCUAGGAGGCGGGCAAGGCGUGACCCCCGAGUCCACGAGCCAAGCGCAGUUCAGGUCUGCCAGCGCGCGCAGAGUGCCCAAAGCAAAGGCCUCGCGCCGGGAGGCAAGCCACGAAGAACGCGAGUCGCGAGGCGAGCCGAGGUUGGGCUCCAAGCCAAAGACCGCGCAGGCGGUGGCGUCCCCCAGCCGCUUUGGCGACAAUCCCCGGUCACUACAGGAGCAGGUGGCGCAGGAGUCUUUCCUACAUCCCUCGGUCGCCGCGGGGAAGCCCACGAGCUUCGACCACCAGCGGGCGCUAUGUGGGCACGGCGCCACAUGGACUCACGAAAAGGUCUCAGGGUCCCGGUCAAGUGCAUUCCCGCGGUCCCUGUCACCACCAAGCUCCUUCUCCGCGAAGUGA